CGUUUCUAACUCUUGGAGUGUGUGUAGUCUUGACUUCAAAGUCAAUGCGAAAUUGGACACAAUAAUGAGGGGUGGAGUAGGUGGUGCUGGGUUUUAGUAGCGAGGGAGGGUGGGUGGGUGGUGUACGUGAGCUUACAUAAGUGCUGGGAAGAGGUUACAGAUAUUACAAUACAGACCCUCACAAAGAUAUAAACACGCUGAAUACGAACUUGAGUUGCGUGUGGUUGUCCUAAGCUACGUGUCUCCCAGUGUUUUAUAAUUAGUCACUGUUGCCUUAAGAAAAGAAAACAGAAACGUGUUGACACUGAAAACUGCAAGAAAAAAUAAUUGAAAAUUGAUUUUUCAAUUCCAUUUAAUUUUACAGAAAAUCAUUAAAUUCAACUAUUUAUUUGAACGUUUUAGUGCAUCGAAGUUAACAGUUUACUCGAAAGAACAAAUUUUCUUUUGUUAAAUCAUCAGAGCAUUUUAAUCGUGACAACCACAAUGAAAAGAGCCGCCAACUUACAAUAGUUCAAAAAAAUUAAAUCCAAACACAGCUGCCGCUCGUAUUUUUUUAUGAUCUAACAUUACCGGAGCUCUUUUGCGUAAUACAAAUCUGGGAAGCAUUUUGUUGCCAGUGUACAAGUAGCCAAAGGUAUAGAUAGCCAGCUGAGUUGGAAAAAUCUGAAACUUUGUCGCUAUGUCGUUUGUGGUUGGAAACGAUUCGUUUCCACACCAGCAUCAACAAGAACAGACCUUACUUCAGCAACAUCAGAUGAUCCCUCUUCCUUCAGCAAUCCUUUUCACCUGCUUGGCACCAGUAACAGUUCUCGGCAAUGGAUUUUUGCUUCUUACAUUUUACAGGAACUCUCCAUCACUUCUUCGCACACCAUCUAACUUCUUCAUCUUCAGUAUGGCGUGGGCGAACUUUCUUACGGGUUCUGCUCUGCAACCGCUGUUAGCGUACCACUAUUAUUCUCUCUAUCUAAACGAGAAUCUUUCCCUUAUACUCCGGAAAGUGAUGUCCGCGUUUUCCAUUGUUACAAUGAACGCUUCAGUAUUUAGCGUCUGCGCUUUCUCGUGGGACAGUUUUCUGGCUUUGACCCAGCCCAUUAAACAUAGAAAGUGGGUGACCAUCCGAAGGGCUAAAAUGGGCAUUGCUUGCGUCUGGAUUUACCAAAUCGGAUUCGCGUGCUUGUUGUUUACAAACAUACCGUUGUCAUUGGUACUUCGGGUCGAUCUACAUUUGAACACGACUUUGACAUCUACACUCUUGCUUGCGUGUUACGUUUGUUUGUACAAAGCUUUUAAGCAGCGUGAACGGAAGAGAGUGAGGUCUUUCAACAGUCCCAGACCGCAUAUGAGCUUCAGGGCCAGAAAAAGAUGCGCCAAGUUGGAAAGGCGCAUGCGUAUGAUUAUCUUCUUGUUUACCUUGGUGACGACCAUUCCGAUUCUGCCAGUAACCGUAGUGUGGCACUUGACAUGGUAUUGCAGUGAGUGCCAACGCAACCAGGAACUGUUGCUGGCUGAAAAAGUGCUGAACCAACUUGUGUUUGUCAAGUUUGUUCUUGACCCGUUUGUCUAUGCCUGGCGCUUGGAGAGAUACCGGAAGGCGUUGAAGAAAAUGUUGUGCUGCAAUCGCUGAUACAUGGGUAUUGCGUUCCAUUGCGGACAAAAAGAUAUAGAUGGUGACAUGUUGAAAACCAUAAUACGAGGGUUGAAAAUUGUAUAAUAACAUAGAAGGUAAUAAAAUUAUUAUAUGUCGAGAUUGACAAAAUAUCUGUUGACUAACGAUAUAAUGGUAGUAAACAGAUGUCAUGAACCCCACCCCCCGUCCACCC